AUGGUGGGACAUUUGGUUAAAGUUCACAGGAAUGAUCCAAGUUUACAUAUUGUUUGUGACGUGUCUGGAUGUCAAUCCACCUUUUCUCGAAUUUUCAGCUACAAAAGUCAUCUUCGGCGCACUCACAAAGACAUCGAUACGAACAUCAGACAACCGAUGAGGGCCAUUGACAUUGUGGAACCGGAAGUACCAGAGAGAGGGGUUGAUAAUAAUGAAAUAGCGCAAAAUGGUGAUGAAAUUAAGCGUUUGAAUGCAUUGUACUUGAUGAAACUGAAAGAAGUGCACUAUCUCACUCAAACAUCCGUCGACAGCAUAGUAGAAGGCACAACAGCUAUUGUUCAAAAUACGGUGCAAACAAUACGGAACGAAGUGGAGAAAAAGCUUCGAGAGUCCGGUCAAGAGCUGAUGGAUGUCGACGGAUUGGCCGAUGUAUUUGACCAGACCCAGCCUUUAUCCAACCCAUUUGCGCAUGUUAAAACUAAAAGUCGUCAAACAGCAUAUCAGAAAACAAAUUUUUCAUUGGUGGUGAGUACAAUGAAACAAUAGCCAAAAGAUAUGUUAAGAAUAAAGUGAGAAUAUCAUGAACACUUAGUCUCAUCAAAAUAUUCAAUAAGUCAUUGUUCGUUACUAAUUUACUACUACACCAUAAGGUUUAGAAAUAGGCAUGUAUUUGGUUCUGGACACUGUGAGAAUUCAGUCAUAGACGGAUUUUUUUUGGGGGUGGGUGGGUGCAGGGGGUGCUACCCCCCAAUAUAGCUAUAACCCCCCCCAAACAAAAUGUCCACCGCGCCAAAAAAUUUUCAACCCCCCCCCAAUAUUCGGCAUAAUAAAAAAAUAAUUAAAUAGUCCACUCCAACGUGUAGAGUGUUGAUGAUACAAAAUAAACGUAGGAGUACACUCGAACAGAAAAAGACAGUGCAACACUCUGAAACUAAUCGCUCCUCGCUUGCAUUCACUGGUUUAUUGGAGCAAUUGUAAAUUUUGAAACUCUAUUAUCUUCCCUGAAUAGAGUUUGCAGUGCCUUGCCAUGCAAAUAACUUGCUUGCAAAGAACGUUUGGAAUUUUUACGAACAUUAUUUUUAGCUUUUAAUUCUUUUAGGAAAUAGACUUGCCAAGAUUUAAUCUUUACGCCUCAAAUAUUAUUUACAUCUGAGUUGCAUGGUAAAUUGUACUCGGAUUCAAACGACACAAUGUCAAUGACUUUAUAAAAGUAAAAGCAUAUUGUGUAUUGUCUAUUGGGUUUACACUUUUACAGGUUCAUUUAACUUUAACUCUCUUUCAAGUCUCAAGAGACAAUCGGACAUGCCAAAGCAUUGAUAUGACAACUUCAAAAAUUUUUUUUUGAAGCUAGAAAUCAUGAUUUUUUUCAAAUUUUCCAGGGAUACUUUGUUUUCUGCUCUCUAGUGCUCCACCCCUAGAAUAUAGACCUUACUGGGGUUUGGUGACACUUCGUGUUGCUUUAGUCACCUGCUCACGGCUCACUCCCCUAAACUUUCUGGCACCACGCAGUAAAAAAAUAUGAAAAUCCGUCUAUGAAUUCAGGUACAGCUAGCGUUACACCAAGGGAUACUCUUUUAUACUUCCUCCAAAUAAUUUAACACUGUACAAAAUUACAUCAUAUUCACAUAGAACAACAACAAAAACUUUUCGACAGAAUUUUAAGAGAAGUUAUGUGAAUAAACACAAAUAUUUACUGUUAAAUUACUUGAUACAUAUAUUUUUUUAAUUAAGGAACCAAAACGAGUUUUAUUUGGUCACACAUCAAAGAAACGAAGGGUUGGGGGAAGCUAUCAGGAAGUACUGGUGAACGAUGAAUUUGCCUAUAUUCCACUCUUGGACACUCUACAGCAGCUUUUGAAUAUUCCAUCAGUCCUUGCUCAG